AUGUCUACUUUCCAGCAAAGUUCCACUUCGUUCUUGUACACUGAGCCCGCCCUAAAUCCGCGCUUAGUUUGUGAGGGCUCACUAGAGGGACCUCAUAUCCCGAUUUACCGAUCCGCAAAUGGAUGCCAGGAAGGAUCCGCAAAGAAGGGGACGGGGGUGAAUAGACUUGGGUACAGCCAUUCCCCAUGUGAGGGCAAGCAGGCUGAAGAGGGCUUCCAAUACAACGUUGCCGUAGUGGGCUGUCGUCAUUCUACAAGCCAUCACCAUGCUUCCUCGCCAGCUAAGAACCGUAAAUUCCAAGUUACCUCAACUGAGUCCCUAAAGCCUAUGUUGACGCUUGACAGAAUGUUACGUCGGCGCCUCUAUCGGCGCCUCUAUCCUUCUUUCGUGUUGGUGUUUGUCAUCGACGCUCUGGAUGAGUAUGAUAGCGAUGAAGACAUUAAGGGGAUCCUUCCCCAAUUCAUCCAGCUGAAAGAUCUCAGGAUUAUCCAAACUACUGGUGUUUAUGCCUAG